GAUUUCAAAGACUGUCUCAAUAUCUCCAAAUUAGCAACUGAAGGACACAAGGUGGCUGUUCCACUCAACACAUCAGCGCAGAUGAAGGUGGAGAAAUGGAACUCUACCAAUUCCAGUUGGGAAUCGGUUCUUUUUAUCAACAAUGGAAAGUCUCAUCUUUUGAAUAGCAAGUUCACAGAUCAGUUCACUGUAUCCCAGGGGUAUUUCAUAGUGAAGAACGCGAGCAGAGUUUUACAAGGACUUUACAGUGUUACCUUGUCCCUGUCUACAGGAUGUGUGGCUCUUAUAAAUCUGACAGUGCAGGCUCCAGCGGCGCCUCCAUCGGUUAUACCUGGGAACCAAGCUCCUGCCGCACAUCCAGCUUGGUGGGCUCUGUUACUCAUUCCGAUUGUUUUAAUAGUCAUUACUUGGCUGUAAAAAGUUGUUGUCCAAGAAGAGAUGGAUGAAGAGCCAGUAUAUCCUAUACUCAGUCUUUCUAAAAAGAAGGAAUUUAAGAUGUUUCCCUUUAUACACUGAA